UGUCUGACCGACUGGAGGUGAUGGGGGAGUAUGUGCUGCAGUUUGGCAAGUACAAGGGUAAAUUGUUUAGGUGGCUCCUGGAAAAUGAUGUUGGCUACACCAUCUACCUGAUGAAAAAGGUAGAGGAGGAGGAGAGAGAUGGGACCUUCAACCCUCAGGGACACAACAAGGACAGCCUGCUGUCAUUUCUGGACUAUGCCAGGAGCUUCCAGUUAAUUAGGGACCUCAGGGAGUAUCUAGCUUCCAGGCUGCCUGCGCCACCAGUGGCAUCAGAGGGUGAAAAUACUGUCGGCUUUGGAGCCAGGGCAAAGGACACCUGGAGGCAGAUCUGGGAGAGCAGGGCAGAUGGAUAUGCUGCCUUCAUCGUAGGAGUAAAGUGCAUCAAAAACAGCAAGAUGUACAACCUGCAGCAGUACAUCCUCAAGCAGCAGAGGGCUGAGUCUGGGGAGUCCUGUCCACCACCUGCAGGAGUCUCCACUACAUCAGCUGCCCCUACACCGCCUACAUCUAGCAUUCUAGCGAUGGAGGAAGACGAGGAGUUGGAGAGGGGGAUGCUGAAUCUGUCUCCCUAUAAAUUUGCCACUGAACUAAGACCAGCAGCAGUCUCCAGAGCCCCGGCUGUGUCUCCACCAACAGGAAUUAACAGGUCAGCGAAGAUGCACACAGGACGGAGCCAACAGCGACGGUUUCCAGACCUGCCGAGCCUGAUGACUCCUCUGGGAUUGUUGCUUCUGUGAAAGCCACGACAAA